UGUAAAGACUGUCAGGCAAUAAUGAAGGUUCUUUUUCUGGAAGACCCUAAGGAGGACGCCUGUGGCCAGGAUCCCUACCUCAGGGAAUUAGGAUUAUAUGGACUUGAAGCCACUUUGAUCCCUGUUUUAUCAUUUGAGUUUUUGUCUCUGCCCAGUUUUUUGGAGAAGCUGUCUCACCCUGAAGGUUACGGGGGCCUCAUUUUUACCAGCCCCAGAGCAGUGGAAGCAGUGGAGCUGUGUUUGGAGAAAGACAAUAAUACCGAAGUCUGGAGAAAGUCUCUGAAAGAAAAAUGGAAUGCUACGUCAGUGGUCGUGGUGGGAAAUGCUACUGCUUCUCUAGUGAGUAAAAUCGGCCUGUAUACAGAAGGAGAAAACGGUGGAAAUGCCGAAAAGCUUGCAGAGUGCAUUUGUUCUAGGGAGUCGUCAGCACUGCCUCUUCUGUUUCCCCGUGGAACCCUCAAAAGAGAAAUGCUGCCGAAAAUGCUCAAGGACAAAGGGAUUCCCGUGGAGAGCUUAACCGUCUACCAGACGAUCCCACACCCAGGAAUCCAGGGGAACCUCAACAGCUACUAUUCCCAGCAGGGCAUUCCAGCCAGCAUCACGUUUUUCAGUCUCUCUGGCCUGACACACAGUCUCAAGCAUAUUCAAGAGUUAUCUGGUGACAACAUUGACCAGAUUAAGGUGCGGCUCACAGCACCCCUGGGGGGUCGGGACUGUCUCAGUUGUAUAGACACUGACGGCCCCUCCCUCCACCCCGGCUGGCACGCUCACUCCGGUUGGUGCCCAGGGACGGAGCACGGGCAUCAGCACUGGGCCGUCCGGGGCGCUGCUCCGGGACACUGUCUGCAGCCCGGGUCCAGCCUUGCAGGAAAGCUCCGUUGGCCCGGCCAGGCCCGUGGUGGUGAGUCCGAGAGUGGAGCUCUCCAGACGCCCUCUCUCCUGUGA